CAUUCGAUUCGUAUUUCAAGAUGGCCGGUCUUGUUAUCAGCUUUUGUUUAGUUUUAUAAAUUAUUUGCCGUUUGCCGCUAUAUAUUGUUGCGCAAAAGUAUAGAAAUCGUAAAAUAACUUCAAGUUAAGUAGCACUAACGAUGCCUCACUUUCAUUAUGUACGAAUUAGUGUGUUCAGUCUGAAAUUUAAUUAAAAAUUAUCCGCGAUCACGAUCAGCGGAUUUGACAAAAACAAACAUGUAAAAAGUUUGCAAAAUCAGGAUAAAGGUUUCAGGUGCAUUUGCGUCACUGCAACUCGAGAUUAUUGCACGGUGAUCACAUAAAUUGAGUACGGACAGUGGUCAACAUGAUUCAUUAAGAGGUUAAUUGAUGUUUUACGUUUAGUAGUAGCUGCGCCAGUGGAUUACGUGAUAAUUUUCGUUUCGGUGGGGUGUUAGCUACGUUGUUUUGUUAUUUAUGAUGAUCGAGAGUGUUUCGAGAAGAGCUUUCAGCAGUUCGAGUGGUACAUACAACGUUAGAGCUUCGGAGCUUGCGCGCGACAGGAAACUUUGUGUAUUCAAUGUUACAGUUCAGUUUUUGGACGAUACCCAGCAGACAUUUCAAAUUGAGAAAAAAGCAAAGGGCAGUGUCCUGCUUCAACAAGUAUUUGAACAUCUCGAGUUAAUAGAAAAGGAUUAUUUUGGAUUGCAAUACACUGAAAACGGCUAUCCUCCGAAUGCCAGUAACACGGAGAUAACGCGCUGGUUGGACAGUAGUAAAUCGGUCAAGAAACAGAUAGGCGUCAAUGCCCAGUUCUGGUUGGCCGUACGCUUCUAUCCGCCCGAACCGUCACGUUUGGCCGAAGAAUACACAAGGUACUUGCUCUGUCUGCAACUGAGGAAGUUGCUUCUCGAUGGACGCAUGGUAGCUCCGAAGAACACGGCGUUACUCCUGGCUUCGUUCACUGUUCAAGCCGAAAUAGGUGACCACAACGAUUCGGAACAUUCUUCGGGCUACCUGUCCGAAUUCCGUUUGUUGCCGAAACAGAACGCCGAGGACGAGCGUCGGAUCCGCGAGCUCCACAAGAUGCACAAGGGGCAGUCGCCCGCCGAUGCGGACGCGAAUUUCCUCGAGCACGCCAAACGCUUAGACUGCUAUGGCGUCGAUUGUCAUCCAGCUAAAGACUACAACGGCAAAGACAUAUUUAUUGGCGUAACGUCAAUCGGUAUAGUCGUAUUCCAGAACAACGUACGCGUGAAUACAUUCUCUUGGAGUAAAAUCGUCAAGAUUUCCUUCAAGAAGAAGCAGUUCUUUAUACAGCUAAAACGUGAACCCGAGAAACAUCGUCGCUCGUUUAUCAGACGAUUAGCUUCAAGAAGAUUUCAUAACAAUUCUUCGGAGUCGUACGACACAGUUCUCGGUUUCAACAUGCAGUCGAGUCGCGCCGCCAAAGCCCUCUGGCGCUGCAGCGUGGAGCGGCACGGCUUCUUCCGGUUGCGGGCGCCGCGGCGACGGCCGCUGUUCGAAGCCCUGGGCGCGCUGGCCGGGAUCACUGCUCCGGCGGUGCCCCGGACAGAAACCCAGGCCUUGGAAGAUGCGAGACGAUCUAGAUCAUCGAACAGGAACUUUGUGAGACGCAGCAGCAGCCGUACCCGCGACCGCUCGUCGACCACCGCGUCGCCGAGCAGCGCGCCCGUCCCGUGCCGCGGUUCCAGGGUGACGUCACACACCGAGCCCGCGCCCCGCCCCGCCUGGACGCCCGGGGACGACGAGCCCCCCCAACCAGAACGGACCGAAGGAGACAUCCUCAAGCACUUCGUCAGAAUCCCUCUGACGUAUGUGGACGAGUCGGAAUCGUGUUCGGACGGCGAGGGGCGCGGCGCGGCGGGGGACGAGGGCGGCGGCGCGGGGGGCGGGGGCGAGGACGCGGUGUGCAUACGGCUGGCGCCCGGCGCCGACGGACUGUUCGGGUUCAACGUGCGGGGGGGAGGGGCGGCGCCCGUGCUCGUGUCGCGAGUGGCGCCGCGGACACGGAAGCACCUACAGGAGGGUGACCAGGUGAUAUCGAUAAACGGAACCGAUGUCGAGGAGCUGACGCACGAGCAGGUCGUUCAACUCAUCAGGACCACGAGGGGAGUGCUGACUCUGCUCGUCAAACCAAAUGCAGUGUACGUGACGGCGGACAGCGCGGUGGAGGAGCCGGCCGUGUUCUUCGUGCCGAUGGCGGGGCAGUACGAGGGGAACGCGCUCGAGCAGUCCAUGCUGCUGCUGGGUGACGGGCUGGCGAGCGGCGCGGCGCUGCGACAGUACGAGACGCUGCUGCGGCGGCAGCCCGACGAGCCCACGGCCGCCUCGAAGCUCCCGCACAACAUCAACAAGAACAGAUACAAGGAUAUCGCACCUUACGAUGCGACCCGAGUGAUUCUGAACAACGGACCCACAGGAGAUUACAUCAACGCUUCCUACAUCAACAUGCCGAUACCGAAUUCUGAUUUAGUACUGACCUACAUCGCCACACAAGGUCCGUUGGCAUCAACUGUGGGUGAUUUCUGGCAAAUGGUCUGGGAAUCGGAGAGCAGUUUGAUUGUCAUGUUAACGGUUGUGUCCGAACGAGGGAGGGCCAAGUGCCACCAAUAUUGGCCCAAAGUUGGGACCACGCCGUUGAAGGCCACCAACGCACUGACCGUCCUGACGAACAGUGAACAGAAUUUCGGACAUUACAUCAGGAGAGAAAUGACUUUAAAGGAGAGCAGCGGCGCUUCUCGCAACGUGACGCAGCUGCAGUACACGGCGUGGCCGGACCACGGCGUGCCUGAAGACGCGGCCGCCUUCAUAUCCUUCACCCAGCUGUGCUCAAACCUCAGGAAUCAUAGAGCCGUGAUGCCGUCGUCGACCGACGAGGCGGGUUCGGAGGAGCGCGUCGUGGAGCCGCCGAUGGUGGUGCACUGCUCGGCGGGCGUGGGCCGCACCGGCGCGCUCGUGCUGGCCGAGACCGCGCUGGAGCUGCUGGCGCGCCGCCUGCCGCUGUACCCGCUCGACCUCGUGCGGGCCAUGCGCGCGCAGCGACCCAUGUGCAUACAGAACUCGAAUCAAUACAAAUUCGUCUGCGAGAGCAUACAAGCUGCGUACGCACAAGGCUUCAAGAAAACAUCGUCUGAAAGUGAAUCGAAUAGUAACUGAUCGAAAAAAAUACACGCCUCUAUUAAAUUAAUGUCGAUGAAAAAUGUAAGAGUAAUUAUAGCCAUUGACUUUUUAAAUCACGGAAGUCAAAACAAUUAUCGGUAAUUACAUCGUAUUGGAUUUAAAUGAGUUAAUUCGUUCAAUGAUUUUUGUGUAAUGCGCUACGCAAUAACGCAUUAGUGUUUGUACUAUUUGGCAAUAGUAAAUAUCGAUAUUAAACGAUAUCGAUUAAAAGUUUAAUGUUGAAAGUUUUUUUUUUUUAAUUACUAAUAAUGUUUUUAUUCUUUUCGAUAUUCGUAUAGUAACAACUCGAAUAAUCGACCCAACGGACAUAUCAGUGUUGUUGAUUAGUUUGAAAAAGAAAUGCUUAUGUUCUUGUUUAUUUAUUUUAGGUAGUUAUUUUUCUGUGAUUUAUUUGAACUUUUAUUGAUAAGAAUAUCUUGCCUUUCCAACGAAUUUAGUAAUGUCUUCAGUAUAUACAUAUAUACUUUGAAUAUUAAUUUUAUCAUAACCUUCUCGAUAUUAGUAUCGAUAAAAAAAUCGAUUUAAUGAACAACUAUUUUUUACGUAACAUUAAUUAUUUUAUUUUCCUCUAAAUAAAAAAAUUAAAAAGCGUUACUAAUUUAUCGAUUGUUUUGUGUGUGUGUGUAUUUUGUUUGUGCCAUGUUUUCAAUAUGACGUAAAUCGAUAUUAUAAAUUAACAUUAUAAAUUAAUUAAGGUAUUUAGUACUGGAUAUCGAUUAUUUGAUAUAAAGGAAUGUAUAUCGAUCAAUCAAGGUUAUCGGGACCUACUUUUUUAAUAAAAUACGAUUAGUCUUAGUAUUGAUAUAAUAGCGUAGAAUACAUUAGAUUAAAUUAAUCUUACUAACAUCUUUAUAGCAAUCGACUGCAUCCAGAAUAUUUGGUUACUUGAAAGAAAGAAUCAUAAUUUUUCCAAAAAAAAAAACGAUGUUUUAAAGCAAUUAAAAUAACUCGUUUGAUUCUCGUCACUAAUUCGAUAUAUAAAAUUAUUUUUGUCAACUGCAAUUUUUAAUACAAUAUUCGACUAUGAUUUUUUAUUAAAUUAUUUAUAUCGGAUAAGUGGCUUUCGUUACAGAUACAUAAUAUAUAGUAUGGACACGUGAAAAGAAACAUAUCAUGAUAUUUCAAUUAACUUUAAUCUGUUAGAUGUUAGUAGGAGACGAAAACCCCAAUAGAAGUUCUGUUCCCGUUUUUAUAAAUUAAUAUAAUGGAUCUCAGUCCUUAAGCAACGAGGCGUUUGAUUGUGCUUAGCGAAGACUUUUUUUUUUUUUGCUAAGCCCUACUAAUUCGGACUUGAUUAUAACCGGUCGAUUAGACUAUACAUGACUACUUAUUAAUUUUUAAAACUAACUACUUUUUAUUAUGCCUAAUACUUAAAUAUAAAACUCAAAAAAUUUUAAAGAGAAAAUAAUAAUACGUUAAAAAAAUAUUAAAUUAUCAACUUCAAUUCAAAACACUAACACAAAAUUAACGAUUUAACAGAUCACUAUUAUUAACGAAUGAGAAAUUAACUCACUUAUUUAUACUGUAAUAAGGUCAAUAAACGUGCAAUAUUAUAAUCUAGAUUAAAUAAACUAGGUUAUGUUCUUUAAUUGUAUUGAAGAGAGAACUAGAUCACGUCUCGCUUGUUGUUAAGUGGUUCCCUUGAGACAUGAGGUCGAAUUGUAUUGUGUAACAGCUGUCUCAAGCCAUCGAACCGCAUGACUGUUUCGUGGUUAAUAUGCUCAGGACCGCGGUGCCUUCUCGUGACGUCACAGCAUGACCCACACAUAAAUUAGUUAUAGAUAAGCAACUCAAGCACACAACAAAAACGUUUACGGGCGUCGGCCACUAGAUGGCUUCGCUUCGAUUUUUUAAAUAUUCUUAAGGUUCUUAAUAUUUGUUAAUUUUCAGUAACCACAAAUUGAUAAAAUUUAAUCAAUUUGUCGUAUAACAAAUAAAGACUUGUAAGUUUUUUUUAUUUUUUCUAUAUUUAGUUGUACAAUAAUUAAAUGCCUUAACUUUAACAACAUAUAAGUUUAGGGGCAACCGCUACGAGAUGUCGAUAGUUUUACAGAAAAAAAAAAAAUUGUCUUAAAGUAUCGCAGUUUCAAGGCCCUGGCAUGCCCUUCCACCUUAAACAAGUUCUUAAAAAAGCUAUGUUUAUAAUAUUUCAAUUAACAGAAGCACAUCUAAACUUUCUUGUCUUUAAUAUAAAAUUUGUGCCUCGAGAAGUUAAUAUUGCCAUAACAUAAGUGGAUUACGUAGUAUAAUAAAUACAAUAAUAUAAUAUAAUAAUAUAUGAUGUGUUUUUAUCGUUUUUAAUAGUUGAUUAACUACUGUUUUAUUACUAUACUUUGUAGAUAUUUCUUAUUUAAUAUUUAAAAAACAAAAUAUAUAAAUGUAUUGUUUUUUUUUUAAAUUUAUUUUCGAUUAAAACUAUUCUUUUUAUCUAAUUACUUCAAUAAAUUCAUUGCUUGAUUUUGAUGAUGUAUAAAAUGUACUUUGAUUUUUCGUGUAGUGUUUAUUUUGUAUAUACUUUUGUGUCAAUGAAAAAUCUUAAUGCGCGUGUUGGCUCGAAAAUGUAUAUCAGAUUUAAAAACAAAAAUGACAUUGGUUACAAUUAUAAUCAAAGUUAAUUUUAUUGUUACAAUAUAAUAUAUAAUGGUCUCGCCUGUAUUAUAUUAUAUUGUGUACUGUGAAAUUAGUUUUAAUUAUAACUUAAGGCUAUCGAGAACUGGUGAAUAUAUUAUAGUAUUGCUAUUUUUGAUCCAAUAUUCAUGCGAUGAAUUAUGUAAAGACCAUGCUUAGGUGAGAAUUUAUCAUAAUUUGAAUUUUAAUACUUAUUCGUAUAUGUAAUACUUAUUCUAAAGAACUGUAUUCAUUAAAUCUAUAUCAUGAUUACAAAUAAUGAGACAGUAGAAACAAUGGAGAUACCUAAAGAUGAGUAAUAGAAUAUGAUGAAGCCAUUUUUCGGUUUCUGUUUGUUUGUUUCUUUAUUUGCGUGCAUAUCUGGAUUUAAGUGGGAUUUUCGUUAGUUUUCAUGACUAGAUUUAUAUAUUCAUUUGAAGCAAACAACUUAAAAAUAGAAAGAUACAAUUUUUUUAUUAUUUUUUUCUCUACAUAGCUGGAUGUUACAAGUUGUACAUAGCAAAUAAUUUUUAUGAAUACAAAGGUAUUUAAACCAAUGAACCGAUUUUGAUGAAAUUCGGUUUGGACAUAUGGAACUCUGAGAUAGAAUAUACGCUAUCUUUUAUCCUACAUCUGAGUACAGAGAUCCACUCACGGAAUACUAUGUGAGUUCACGCGGGCCAAGUUGCGAACGGAAAGAUUAUAUUAAAUAAUAUGCGUAUUUUGAUUAUAUUAUUACAACGAGAACUUUUGUGUGAAUGACUGAUUUAAUGUUUAAGUGUUCGUUUGAUAUCUUUCUAUGAACAAGUACGACCAGAAUUUUAUUGGGAAAAGAAAAUCUCAAAAAAUACGAAAAGAAUUGUUCAGCAUUAACGAAAUCAAUUUAAUGUACCUAGCUGUGUUCGAAUUUGAUAGGUCCAGUCGAAAUUUUCUACUUUGUGAUUUGAUGCCUGUGAAGUAACGUGUGUCGUUUAUUUAACAUAGAAAAUAAAAGUUUACUGAUAAAA